CAUUUACCUCAUUUAAAUAAAAUUGUCUGUGAUUUUUGUCUAGAUAAAGCAGAUCUACUGUGAUCUACUGAGGAGAAACUGAGAAGAUGGCUCUGAUGGUGUUUUUGGCAGUUCUUCUCUCUGUUGUUCUGGUGAGCGGCUGCAGUCAGGAUGGAGACAUGCCGGCCGACUGUUCUGACCUUUAUAAAGCAGGACAAAAGCUCAGUGGGAUUUACACCAUCUAUCCAGCAGGAGACGUUUCUGUCUGGGUUUACUGUCACAUGGUCUCAGAUGGGAAAGCCGAAGACAACGGAGGAUGGACGGUGUUUCAGAGGAGAAUGGACGGCAGUGUGAAUUUCUAUCGGCCGUGGAGUCAGUACAAGAGAGGAUUCGGGGCAACCGAGGGCGAAUACUGGCUGGGGCUGGAGAACAUGUACCAGCUGACGCGUAACAGAAAGUACAUGCUGAGAGUGGAUCUGGAGGACUUUGAAGGAAGGAAGGGUUUUGCUCUGUACUCGUCCUUCUCUGUGGAUUGUGAAACUGACGGGUAUAAACUGCACGUUUCAGGAUUCACUGACGGAGGAGCAGGCGACUCUUUAUCUGGCCAUAAUGGACAGAAGUUCUCCACCUUUGACAAAGACCAAGACACGUCAGAUGUUGCUAACUGUGCCAAACAGUAUCUCGGGGCAUUUUGGUACACAGACUGUCACUCUACAAACCCCAACGGUGUGUAUUUAUGGGGGGAAGAUCCCACGAUUUACGCCAUUGGAAAUGUUUGGUCAACCUGGAAGAAUUACGCUGUCGGAAUGAAAUCCAUCAGCAUGAAGAUCAGACGUGUGUAUUAGACAUUACAGAGUUUCCCAGAAACAAACAACAAAACAAUCAAAUUAUGGUUUUGGAUUUCCUUUCCUCUGUUAAUUGUGAAACUUGUUAAAUCAUGUUAUGUAUGGUAACUUGGGAUACACAGUAUGACUGUUGUUGUGUGUACUCUCGUCAAUUAUUAUUUGUAUUUUUUUGGGUGACUUUUUUAAAUCUACAACUGAAACAAAUCAACAAUAAACUUCAAUAAACUCUAGCAAUGAAAAGUA